AGCCAUCAAAAACCCUUGUUAUUCUCCAUAAAAAAACCCUUGUUAUUAUUUGGGGAAAAAAAAAAUGAAUAGAGAAGAAAAGGAAGAAGAAGAAGAGAUAGUUUGCCUAGACGCGUCUUUCUUCAUCAAUGACAAUUACCGGUUAACCACGUUCACAUUCGGUUCUCAAGUUAUUGAGCUCCUUUGUCUUCAUUCUGCUUCAACUGAUUUUGAUUUGACUGGGCAACUUGUAUGGCCUGGUGCCCUGCUUUUGAAUGAUUAUCUUGCAAAAAAUGCUGAGAUGCUUCAAGGAUGUUCUAUUAUUGAGCUGGGCUCUGGUGUAGGAGUUACUGGAAUACUUUGCAGCAGAUUUUGCCCUCAACUUCUGUUAACUGACCACAAUGAUGAAGUGCUUAAGAUCCUGAAGAAAAAUAUAGAGCUCUGUGCAUCUUCUGAGAAUUCAAAUUGUUGUGCUGAGCUUGUGGCUGAGAAGUUAGAGUGGGGCAAUUCUGAUCAUAUUGAUCAGAUUUUACAAAGAUAUUCAAGGGGAUUUGAUCUGAUUCUUGGAGCUGACAUUUAUAUCCUUGUUGCUUUUCUCCUAUCGUUUUCUAGAAAAAUAGCAAUCAGUUUUAAAAAACUAGUCUGUUCAACUGUUGAUGAUUUAAAAAGGGAUUGGAUGGGCAUCAUUUUGCCUUCAGUCAAACAUCUGAUUUGCAUGUUAACAUGGUGCUAUCUCAGCCUAUCUGGUAUCAGUAUGUUGUAAAUUCUCUUUUGUUAUUGAUGCUUAAUUUGGCAUGGGCAAUGUGACCAGCCCUGAAUUUAUUAGUAGUUACUGUGGUGUGUCUUCACAUAUGUAGUAUGAGUAUUAUGGAUGGUCCCUCAAUGAGGCCAAAUUUUUGAAAGAGAAAUAAUUGUAAUUACCAAUGUAGCUGGUUAAAUAGUUUUUUUCCCCUUCUUCCAUGUAAUCUGCUGUGAGUUAUAUAUUCAUAAGGAAAUCCCUUAACAACAUGUAAGCUUUCAGCAGUCAAGUGUUCCUUUGCUUUUUGAUACAGUGGAACGUCUACUUCAUGUUCGGGGACGACAAUGCAAAUUCAUACUGGCUUAUGUAUCCCGAGCUAAGACGUAGCAUGGAUUCAUUGAUUAUGAAACAAGCUGCUGAGCAUGGAAUGAGGAUGGUUGAGGUUACUGGGACUCGUUCUGUGGUUGGAAAUCUUGAAGGAGUCAUAUUUGAGGUUGCCCUACAAUAAAAUCAUCAAACGUGUUCAGUUGCGAACUUGAAUAUUGAGGGACAAUGCAAGGCUGGGAAUACUUGGAGAAUCUUGUAUGCACAUAGCAAAUGACUAAAAUAAUGACAAUGAACUGUAAGAAUCAUAAACUGAAAACCUCUUAGGCAAAGCUAGGUGUGCAUGUUUCCUCUGUAAUGCACUGUCUUCAGAAUCAGGAUUCAUCCUGGACGUUUCUUUGUUUUUGAAAGCUCACAUUGAAUCAAACUAAAGUUAGACAGCGACGGGGAGGAUGUAAUUUGUACUGCUGUUUAUCGAGGCUAGUAAUGGUGCAGUAUUCUUUGUCCC